CGAUUUGUUUUUGUUUGUUUUGCGCAGUUUCCUUAAAAAAUUUCAAAUAAAAUUUAAUAAAAAUGAUUCCCCGUCAACGAGUUCUUGGAUUGAUGAACAGUUUAACCGCUGUUUCAUGUCGUUGUCCGAGUCACACGCAUCACACGAAAGAUGUUUCGAAGCUGGAAACUGCCUUUGAGAUGUCAUCAUCGACCGUUCGUUUCGGUCCCGGCGUCAGUCGCGAACUGGGAAUGGACUUGCGAAAUCUCGGCUUGAACAAUAUUUGCGUCGUUGUGGAUCCAAAACUUCAUAAUUUGCCAUCCGUUCAAACUGCCUUCGAUUCUUUGACGAUUUCCGGCUUGCAGUAUAAAAUUUACGACAAAAUUCGUGUCGAACCGAAUGAAGAAAGUCUCGUUGAGGCGGCGGAAUUCGCGAAAUCUCAUUCGUUCAAUGCUUUUGUUGCGAUUGGAGGUGGUUCGACGAUCGACACGUGCAAAGCUGCCAAUUUGUAUGGCUCGAAUCCGACUGCGGAAUUUCUGGACUUUGUCAAUAUUCCAAUUGGAAAGGCUCUGGCGCCGAAAAAUGACUUGAAACCGCUAAUUGCGUUGCCAACGACUGCCGGAACGGGAUCUGAAACGACGAGCGUUGUAAUUUUCGAUUACGAGCAUCUCCAUGUCAAAACGGGAAUUUCUCAUAAGCAACUCCGACCUUGCUUGGCACUGAUCGAUCCACUUCAUACGAUGUCACAACCGGAAAAAGUCGCAGCUUAUUCGGGAUUUGAUGUUUUUUGUCACGCUUUAGAGAGUUUCACUGCCAUUCCGUACACGGAGCGUCUUGCUGCGGAAAAUCCAAAACUGCGACCUCCGUAUCAAGGAAGAAAUCCAAUUUCAGAUGUUUGGGCUCGAUUUGCCUUGAAAAUCAUCAAAGAAAAUUUCCACGAAGCAGUUUUUGAGAAAAGUCUCAAGGCACGAAGUCAAAUGCAUCUUGCCAGUACGAUGGCGGGUGUUGGUUUCGGCAAUGCUGGCGUCCAUUUGUGUCACGGGCUCUCGUACGCCAUUUCCGGAAACGUUCGUUCGUUCAUUCCCGAUGGUUAUGACAAAGAUCAUGCGAUAAUUCCGCACGGAUUGUCGGUGGUUUUGACGGCUCCGGCAGUUUUUGAGUUCACGGGAGCUGCUUGUCCCGAGAGACAUUUGGAAGCGGCGGAAAUUUUGGGCACAGAUGUCUCCAAGGCACGUAAGGAAGAUGCGGGAAAGAUUUUGGGGGACACUGUGAGAGAGUACAUGUACAAAUUAGGGAUUGAGGAUGGGUUACAAGCGAUGUCUUAUACAAAGGAGGACAUUCCAGCAUUGGUUAAGGGAACGUUGCCGCAAGAGAGAAUUACGAAAUUGGCCCCGAAAGCACAAACGGAAGACGAUUUAGCGAUGAUUCUCGAAAAAUCAAUGAAAAUUUAUUAAAAUACUCUCGGGUGAAAGACUUUUUUUUACUUUUUUUAUACUCAAUAAA